UAUCUCAAAAUUGGAUGACGACUGUUGCUAUGGAAACGUGAUGUCAAUAGCGCGGUGUACAAAAUAAUAUUUUGGUUGUGAAAUCGCAAGUACACUAAUCUUAUCAUCAGUUCAAACGCUCAAUUCACAAUGGUCAGAAUAACUGAAGAACUUGUCAGGAAAAGAUCGGAGCAUAAUGAAAGAGAGAUUGGAACACUUGAAGAAAUAGCUCUGCACCAGGAAGAAAUAGAGAAAAUUGAACACCUCCAGAAUUGGUGUAGACACUUGAAGAUAUUGCUACUGCAAUCCAACAUCAUUUCAAAAAUAGAAAACCUGAACAAGUUGAAAAAAUUGGAAUACAUAAAUCUUGCUUUGAAUAAUAUUGAAAGAAUUGAAAAUCUUGAAGGAUGUGAAUCACUGAAGAAGCUAGAUUUAACAUUGAAUUUCAUUGGCGAUUUAACAUCAGUAAAGAGCCUGAAGAAUAAUAUUCACCUUGAAUUCUUAUGCUUACUUGGUAACCCUUGCACCGACUUUAAAAGUUAUCGGCAGUAUGUUGUAGCUUCUCUACCGCAACUUCAAAUCCUCGAUAGUCAGGAAAUCUUGAGAUCGGAAAGAAUAAAAGCUCUACAAUUAUUUGAAGAUGUGGAAAAACAAAUAUUGGAUGAGAUUGAUUUACAUAAUGGUAAACGUGAAAAACAGAGAAAAUCAUACUCCAAGGAAGGUGAUCAAAGUAACAAGGAAAUUGAUGAGGAGGGAGAAGAUAAAUCAUUCUGGUCUGAGAAAACAGAGAAUACACCUGAGGCUCGUAUCGAGAUUGCAAAUCACAUCAGAAAAUCAAAAGAAUCAAAGAAUAUAACUGAGGAGACAAGGCAAAAGCGUGUUAUUAGAUUGUUCAACAAGGAUGGAAUACCACUGAAUGUGAAUGAAGCCAAAAUAGAUUUUCGUUUCAGAGAUGAUGACUUUAACUUUUAUGUUCUGGAACUUCACACAUACAAGCACUUGGACAUAUCAUUCAUUGACAUAGAUGUGCAACCAUUCUACAUCAAGGUUCUAAUAAAAGGAAAAGUUUUUCAAUUGACUUUUGAUGAAGAGAUUAAAAUAGCUGAAGCAUCAGCUAAACGUUCUCAGACGUCAGGUCAUCUAGUGAUCACAAUGCCAAAGAUGAACAGGGAAGUCAAACUGUUAAAACCGAAGCCCGAUCCUUUGGAAUUUCUCAAGGAAAGUAGUGAAAAUAAUACACACUCUGCAAGACGCGAGUAUCUUGAAAUAGGUUCCAGCCAGAAAGAUACUUAUUUGGAUUACACAAAAAUUUGCAAGCAAGAUGACUAUACAUUAAAACCCUUGAAGCCAUCGAGAGAAAAUGUGAUGGAAGAGAAAAUCCCAUCAGCCGACUUCACGGACAAUCCAGAAGUUCCACCAUUAAUGUAAAACAUCAUCAUGCUUCCAUGCAAUGUGGUGAAUUCAAAUAAAAAGAUGUUGAACAGUUGAAAGUGGAACAGAAAAUAUCAAAAAUGGUUUCUACUUACUAUAUUUCUCUAUGUAAUAUUUAUUAAGAAUUCUAUUUACGAGAUACACAUAUGGCACAUAUGAGGGAGUCUUGAGUGUAAAGUACGGUCGAUAGGAGCCACAAUAAUAGCCUAGUAAUGGUUUUCUGUCAAAGUCCCAGAAAAUUACACAGAUUAUAAUAUUUUUUUUGUGAGUAUUUCGAUUUUUCCAAGCAGCCGUACAGUUGAUUGACUUUGAGACAGUCGGUUUUGCUCAACAUCUUGCGCUGUCCGAGCUUCGUAGCGGGAAACUUGGGUGUGAUCACUGGUUUACUUUUGUUUGUACUGGAAAGAAAAUGAUUUGUGCUGAAUUAUUUAGACAGACUUGACGAUGUGUUUCCAGAACAGAGAUUUUCAUCAAGGUACUUGAUCUAUCUUCAUUGUGUGUCAUAUUAUUGGAUAACUGGAUGCAUCAUUGUUGAAUAAGGUACCUUAAUUCAUAGCAUCAGAAAUUGAAUUAUGAUUAAUACAUAACCUAUUUUGAAAUUA